CUAUCAGUCCUAAUACACAGGAGCCCCGCCGCUAACCGGGAGAGAAGUCACAGAGCUCGGAGCUGGCGGAACGUUUCUUCCUUCCGCUGUUUCCGGGAGCUGCUGAGCGCGGUGCACCAACAUGUCUGCGCCCUGGAUACCGGGUCAGGACUCUCAGUCCUUUCUGCAGAGACAUGCCCACUGGCACAGUGUUCUGGACCCCAGCUGGUUACUAGCAUCUCAUGCAGAAAUCCAGAAAUCUAAAUCCUUGUUGGAGUCAUUGGGACACAGAAAUACAGAGGAACAGCAGGAUAAGAAGGUGACGGAGGCCGAGGAGCUAUGUCAGGCCUCUGUGCACCCAGAUUCCGGGCAGAUUCUCCCCUUGAUCUUCAGACCCCCAGCGUACCUAUUGCUGGGCGCACCGCUGGUGGUGGUGACCCUGAUUCCACACUCGAGGGCUUUAUCGGCCCUUCUCUUCCAGCUUCCCUUCCAGACAUACAGCGCCGCAUUCACUGCUGUGAACGGGAACCACUCCCUGCAGGAGGAGAAGUCUCGAAAUCUGCUUUUCUUGUCCGCUGCCGCUCUCCAACUCUCUUGUAUGGGGGCCGCUCCAGUGCUAGCCAUGAAAAAGCUCGGAAUCCGUAGUCCGUCCAACAACAGCUUCUUCAGUAGAAUCCUCCCACCCCCCCUCUAUGCGCUGCUUGGAGGACUCAGUGUUGUCCUGACAAGGUUUCCUGAAGUAGAAAGUGGGGUUCAGGUCGUGGACCGUGAGGGAAAUGUGGUCGGAGCUUCACAGAGAGCUGCUCAGAAGGCCGUGAAGGAGACGGCGCUGUCCCGAUCAGCUCUGCUCGGAGCCACAGCAUUGAUUCCUUCCUUGAUGAGGCGUGCUCCCCAUCUGUUGAGGAACCCACAGAUCUUCACCCUCCUCAGACACCUGGCCGCUCUCUUCACCUUCGGGGUGAUGGUUCCUGUGUCAUUCUGCAUCUUCCCACAAAAAGGAAAGAUCAGACGAGAAGACUUGGAGGAAGAGUUGAGGGAGAAGACAACAGAACCGGAACUGUUCUAUAACCGAGGACUAUGAAGGCAGAGGUGACCGUCGCUGCCCCUGAGGUCACUGCAGGAUCCCAGUUACUGAUAUUUUUUAUUUUAUUACAACACAAAAUGAACAAAAAAAAAUGUAAAUAAAAAGCCGCUUUGAGUCUGAGGCCGCAAUGUGAAAUUGUG